AUCAGAACUAGCUACGUAUUUUGACAACUCGUUUGUGUACAAGAUAAUGGCGUCAACUGUUGCAGUGCCUGUCGCCCCUACGGAGUCGGACUCAGAGCGGUGUGAAGGCGAGGAAGAGUUACGGGGGAACGAGGCUGAAGAAGAGAUAAACCAACAAACUGGGCCCAUUGCAGCACCCUCCCAGAACCGUCUAGUGAAGUUACCGCUAUCCCGAAUCAAGGCAAUGAUGAAAGCUGACCCAGACGUGUCCCUCGCCAGUCAAGAGUCUGUGUUUAUCAUUGCUAAAGCCACAGAACUCUUUGUUGAGAUGAUUGCCAAAGAUGCCCUGGUGUACGCCCAGCAAGGAAAGAGGAAAACUUUGCAGAGGAAAGAUUUAGACAAUGCAAUAGAGGCCGUAGAUGAGUUUGCCUUUCUGGAAGGCACUCUAGACGCCUAGACACUCAGGAGACAGCAGGCAGUUCAAGGAUCAGAGGCAUUUGGAAAACAGACUGACCUGUCUUACUUUUGAAGUGAUAUCACUGAGUUGGAAAUGAAACAUUUGAGAAGGUUUUGGUGCUGGUCACAAGGAAUUCCCUUUCUGAACAUGUAUAAACUGUGAAGACAUCCGUGAUGAUCCUCCCUCAGUUGGUCUGGUCUGCAAUUUUUUAUUUGUAAAUAAUGUGAGAUUAUAUUGAAAUAAAUCGGUGUAUAAACCUAA